GAAUUGAGAUAAUGAAAGCGCUUUAUAAGAGAUUUGGUGGUGUGGGGAGAAUGACAUCUAGGGUACACUAGAGGAAAAGGGUUACCUUUUCCACUGAGAGUUUAGUAGUAAAUGGGGUAUCUGAGUGAUAUGAUAGGAAAGGAUGGUGAUGGUGGCUGCUGAAUAAUUGUUUCAGGUUUUUUUUUUUUCUGGAAAGUAUGAGUUUGACAUUCUUAAUUGAGGAAUUUUGUUGGACAGAGGGCCAAGGUUUGGAGCAGCCAAGAUCGGAGUGUGGGCUCAUGAAUCAGUUAGGGAUCAAUAGAUUGUUUUCCUAUCUGCAGUGUAGGCUGAGUUAGCAGUUUUUUCAUUUCCUUUACCUCCAUUCAACAGUUAAAUGAACAAGAACAAAGUAGGCAAGUGGUAGUAGUAAUCCAGGAUUGGGAUUUGGCAAAGCAUGACCACUGAUAGGACAAAGGGCCAAGGGAAACAUAGAAGAAGAUUGUGUAAAAUUGUUUGGUCUACUAUUGGUUAAAAAAGGGAAGAAAGGAGAGUAUCAAUACUAUGUUGAUGGGUUUUUAUUUUAUGCUAGAGACAUUAGGGAGCAGUUGAAAGUUUUAGAGUAGAGUAGUGACUUAAAAAUAAUACCUAACAUUUACAUAGCACCUAACUAUGUGACUGAGCUAAUAAGCACUUUGCAAAUUUCAUCUCAUUUGAUCCUCAUAACAACCCUGGAAGGUAGUGAUAUUAUUCCCAUUUUGCAGUUGAAGAAAGUAAGGCAUAUAGGGGUUACAAUUGAGAAAACUGAGACAAAUAGUGAUUAAAUUAUUUGCCCAGAGUCACAUUUAAGAAGUAUCUGAUCUUGGAUUAUUAACUUGAGUCUUCCUGACUCUGAGCCCAGUGUUUUAUCCACUGUACCACCUAUCUGGUUAGACCUGUGCCUUAAGAAAAAUUUAUUUUAGUAACUGUGUGGAGGAUCAAUUGGAGAAGGGAGAGAUCAGAGGCAGGGUGAUCGAACAGGAAAAUACAACAAUUAAUUGUCUGGUGAGAUUAUAAGAGUCUGAAUUACUAUGAGAGCUAUGUUAAAAAGGAGAACAAUGUAAAGAUGGUUUAACACUAGAAUAUAUUAGACAUGGAAACUAAUUUGAUAUGUGUAGUAAGAGAGAGGAAUUAAGGGUAACUUAAGUUUAUAGACCUAUGUGACUUGAAGGAUGGUAGUGCUCUACAGAAAUAGGGAGUCAGUUUACUGGAGGAAAUGAUGAAAUUAUGAAGCAUGAUGAAAAUUAAGCAAGUUUUCACUUUAUAGAUUUUCUUUUUGAUGUGCCUCUUCCGCAAUAUGAGAAAUAUGGUAACACAUUUUGUGUGAUAGCAUAUGUAUAAACUUUAUCAAAUUGCUUAUUGUCUCGGGGAGGUGGGGUUGAAAAGAGGGAAGGAGAAAAUUCAGAAUUCGAAAUGUUAGUAAAUGUUUAAAAUUAGAUUUACUGGGGAAAGUAGAAUAUCACUAAACUAAAAAAAAAAAAGAAAUGUGCAAAAGGGAGGGGGGCAAAAAUGAUAAAUUUAGUUUUAGAUAUGUUGUUAGAGAUGUUAAUACUAUCUCCAGAUAGAAGGGUCCAUAAAGAAGCAAACAUUGUGGGUCCAGAAUUCAGAAAAGAGAUUAGAAUUGGAUAUAUAAAUUUAGAAGUUGACCUGUGAAGAGAUGAUAAUUGAACCCAUGGGAAUAGAUGAGAUCACAAAGGCAGAGAAUUUAGAGAGAGAAGAGGACCUAGGAUAGAGCCUUGGGGGACAUAAAUGCUCACUAGCCUAGAGAUGGGUGACUAUCAAACAAAGGAGACUGAGGAAGGAUUAGAGAGGAGGAGCACCAGGAGACUGCAGUGCCUUGAAAGCCAAAAGAGCAUUCCAAGGCAAAAUGGCAGAUCUCUGGGCAGAAUCCAGAUCUGUUCUAUCUCAAGGUCUAGAACUAGAACAGAGGGCAAAAGUUGCACUUAGCAGGCAUUGUGUUAAGUAAUGAGGAUACAAAGGCCCCCCCAAAAAAUGUCCUGCUUUCAUGGAAGAAUAGAAGAUGAAUAAUCUUUCAUUUGGUGAACUAUGUUGCCUCUUCUGCUGUCCACCCUGCCCAGGGAAAAUUGCUUCUAAACUAGCAUUUUUACCACCUGACCCUACUUACACUCUGAUGUGUGAUGACAGUGGAAGUCGAUGGACCCUACAUCUUUCAGAAAGAGCAGACUGGCAGUACUCUAGUAGAGAAAAAGAUGCUAUUGAGUGUUUUAUGACUAGAACCAGUAAAGGUAACAGGAUUGCCUGUAUGUUUGUGCGUUGCUCACCCAAUGCCAAAUAUACUUUACUCUUCUCACAUGGAAAUGCUGUUGACCUUGGUCAGAUGAGCAGUUUUUAUAUAGGACUGGGUUCACGGAUUAAUUGCAAUAUAUUCUCAUAUGAUUAUUCUGGAUAUGGAGCAAGUUCUGGGAAACCAACAGAGAAGAACCUUUAUGCAGAUGUUGAUGCAGCUUGGUUGGCUCUUAGAACAAGGUAUGGUAUCCGCCCUGAAAAUGUGAUUAUAUAUGGCCAGAGUAUAGGAACAGUACCAUCUGUGGAUCUUGCUGCUCGGUAUGAGAGUGCUGCUGUCAUUCUUCAUUCCCCUUUGACCUCAGGAAUGCGGGUAGCUUUUCCAGAUACUAAGAAGACCUACUGCUUUGAUGCAUUCCCAAACAUUGACAAAGUCUCUAAAAUAACCUCACCAGUGUUAAUAAUUCAUGGGACUGAAGAUGAAGUCAUUGACUUUUCACAUGGCCUCGCAUUAUUUGAACGCUGCCAAAGACCUGUGGAGCCUCUCUGGGUUGAAGGAGCAGGUCAUAAUGAUGUGGAACUUUAUGGACAGUACCUCGAACGAUUGAAACAGUUUGUAUCACAUGAACUAGUGAAUUUGUAAAUUGCUUUGUAGAUUUACAUACUGUGUUUUGUUUUGAUGCUGAACUGGACACCUUGGUAAAUAACAUAAAACCUGAAGGUUUUGUUUGCAAAUCAUGUUAGUUGCCUUCAUAAAUGUACAGGUAUGAUUUGUUAACAGAAUUAAUGAAGGUUUUAAUUACCAGUAUAAGAAACUGGAAAUAACAGUAUCAUGCAGUCAAGCUGUGUAAUUUAUAUAUUUUAUGUGAUUUUUUUUUUAAAAAAAAAGACGAAAACCACCAAGAUGAGUACUGUAUGAAAUUUUAAUUCUGUAAAAAUCAAAUGCUGUAAAAAUAUUGCCAAAUGCUUUCACAUACCAGAAACAAAUUUAUAAAUAUUUUUUAAAACAUCUCAAUGUAUUAACCCUUGUUGCACUAAUGUAAUAUUCUUUUUUUUUUAAAUGUACAUCUAAAAAAGUGCAAAUAGUCAUGUUAAAAUAAAUUGUAGUAAACCAUGAGAACAUGCAAGUUCUGAGAGUUGACCUAAACCCUGUUGUGCAGGGUUAAUGGUUAAAAGUUAUUUUAUUUCCAUUUUUGUAUCCAUAUCCUAAUGGUUUAUCUUACAUUUUCUCUUUUUGUUCAUGACAGUGUUAAGACUUCAUUUUUGCCCCUUAGGUAUUCAUUUACCAACUGGUUACUUUAUAAAGGGAAAGUCACAAAUAACACUGAAUUUUAACUGACUUUAAGUCAUGAGGUCAGUACCAUGAGGCAACUAUUUAAAUUCUCAUAGUAGAAAUUUCAAAGAUGUUAGAAUCUCUAGAGUGAUUUUUGUGUGCAGCAAUUUUUAAACCUUUGAAUGAUUGUGUAGAAAUGCAGUACUCUUAAUAAUACUGGAAACCUGAAAGUUUAUUUAGUUUUCUUUUAAUCAGCAUCACAUGCAUAUUUGCUGCUGUAUACAUUCAGGUUUCCUUUGGCUGUUUUUAAGUAUAGAACCUCUUGGUUUUGGCUGCCAUCUGAGAAUCUUACUAAUUUACUCCUUAGAAAAGAAAGAAAAGUGAGAACAAUAACAUUUUGUAUUAACUAAUGUAGUUUUAAAAAAUGCAGAAAAACAAAACUGUAAGUUGCCUUUCCUUGGAUGAAUCUUGCCUGAAUAAAACUAUGAAAGAAAAUUACAAAUAAAAUGAAUGGUAUGUAGUCUAAUUUGUAAAUGAAUGACUAUUGAAAUAAUACACUGUGGAUAUAUUUUAAGGCCUUCUGUAGUUUUACUUGUUCUGCUUGUUCUGUGGUCAUGUCUAAGACUAUUGUAUAUGAUUCCCUUAAAAGUAUAUCAAGUAUUGUGAAUGCUUUGGUUUAGAUGUGUCAGAUUAACAGUAAAACAGCAAAUAUCCCACCCA